CCGUACACUACCACCAUUAAUUUAUAUAGCAGUCUACAGACAUUAAAAAACAAACAGUCUUCUUCUUGCAGACCGCAGACCUUUGGUCCACCACUUCUCCUGCAGAUGUCUACAGUAGUGGUCCGCAGACUGCAGACCUUUUCCGGCAGAAAAAACAAACACCCCCUAAGUAAGUUGCGUGGAACAUACAUACAAUCAUAGAAGAGCCCAAAACCCAAUCAGAAUAUUAAAAGGGUAGAAGAGAGAGAUGGCGAUGUGCAGUACAUUAACAACAUGGGUUUGGACAGCAGCAUUUGUAGUAGUAGUUGUUGUUUUUGCAGCAGCAUCAGCCAUAGUCCUUUUGAAAAAUGUUCAUGAUCAUGAUCACGUAAACGAAAACGGGAAGAAUAAGAAGAAGAAGAGGUUGGUGAUGCCCCCAGGUCCGAGGGGGCUCCCAAUAAUAGGGCACCUCCACUUGAUAGGGAAAAACCCUCACCGGGAUUUCCAAAAGCUGUCCCAAAUCCACGGCCCCAUCAUGCGCCUCCGCCUGGGAAGCGCCGACACCAUCGUGGCCUCCUCGCCGGCGGCGGCGGAGCUGUUCCUCAGGACCCACGACCUCAACUUCGCCACCAGGCCGCCGAUGAAGGUCGCGGACUACAUAACGUACGGCAAGAAGGACGUGCUGUUCGGCCAGUACGGCCCGCUCUGGCGGGAGAUGCGCAAGCUUUUCAUCGUGGAGCUCCUCAGCGGCCACAAGGUGAGCUCUUUCGAGUCCCUGAGAAGAGAGGAGCUGCGUCUUCUCGUAGAGUCUCUCAAACGGACGUCGGAGGCAGGGGCGGUGGUUGACUUGAGUGCCAAGGACUUGGUGGUUGCUUCGGUGGACACAUCCACAACACUGAUAUUGUGGACAAUGUCGGAACUCAUAAAGAACCCAACAAUAAUGAAGAAGGUGAAGGAAGAACUUGGGAGACAAGUAGGGUUUGGUAGGGUAGUGGAGGAGAAGGACUUGGAGCACUUGAAAUACUUAGAGAUGGUCAUAAAGGAGUCUCUUCGGAUGCAUCCCGUGGUGCCAUUAUUACUCCCUCACGCCGCCGUUGAAGAUUGUACCGUUGGUGACUUCCACGUGCCGAAGAACGCCAGGCUCGUUGUCAACGUUUGGGCAAUCACGCGGGACCCGAACGUGUGGGUCAACCCCGACUCGUUCGUGCCCGAAAGGUUCGAGGGGAGCAGUGUGGACUAUAGAGGUCGACAUUUUGAACUCAUCCCGUUCGGUUCGGGCAGGAGGAGUUGCCCCGGCUUGCAGCUUGGAAUAACCACGGUUCGCCUAGUGGUUGCCCAACUUGCCCAUUGCUUUGAUUGGGAUCUCCCAAACCCCAAAAACGCAGACGCCACACGUAGCCACCAAGACUUGGACAUGACCGAGGAGUAUGGGUUGACUUUGAAUCGAGCCCACCACUUGAUGGCCGUCCCUAGUUACAAAUUACUACUCCGUACUUGUUAAGAUAUACGGAGUAUUAUUUGUGCCCUCCCCCCUCCAUGGCUCCAUCUUUAUUUACUUACUAUAUACUCUAAUAUAACUAGUGCUGGGAA